GUGGGAAAGCGGCCAUCUUGGGGUGGCCAGUGUAGUGUGAGAGAGUGUGUGGGCGAGACGUGUUGGUGCUGCUGGCUGCCUCCACCCAACACGCACCACGGACAAUUAUUGAUCUACCCUCCACUAUGUCACUCUUUGGAUCCCUUAUGAGGGGCUUCGACGACGAGUCCUUCUUCGGGGGUCACCGCAGCAUCAUGCGACAGGUGGACCAGAUGAUGGCUUCCAUGAUCCGUGACCCUUUCGAGGAAGACCCCUUCUUCGGCACGGGGGGCGGUGCUGGUGGCGGCGGAGGUGGUGGUGGCUGUGGUGGUCUGUUGGCUGGGUUCCCCGCCCUCACCGCCGGGCCUGCCGUUAACGCACUCAGUGCCGUUAACGCCCUCAACUCCAACGCCUUGGUUGCGGCGGGGGCCUCCGCCAGGACGCAGCGGGCCAGGUCCCAGCAUCCCUUCACAGCUCUGGGUCUGCCUUCGAUGGCCAAUAUGAUGUCCUCUAUUGUGAGUAUUGUUUCUUAACUUGUAUUUUGUGAG